CUGACGGACACCAUCAUGGUGUUCUGCGAAGAGAAGAUCCUCUUCAUGGCCAGCAAGAAGAAGGUGGAAUUCCUCAAGCAGGUGGCCCACGGGAAAGGGGGGGAAAGCGCCAACGGGGUCCCUGCCAUCACCCUCCUCGUCCGGGAGAAGAACGAGAGCAACAAAGGGAACUUUGAGAAAAUGAUCGAAGCUUUGAAGAGCAGCAAAGGCGGGAAACGCAUCGGCGUCUUCAGCAAGGACAAGUUCCCCGGUGACUUCAUGAAGAGUUGGAACGAUUACCUCAACAAGGAGGGCUUUGAGAAGGUUGACAUCAGCGCCGUGGUUGCUUACACGAUGGCAGCCAAAGAAGAUGGCGAACUCAACUUGAUGCGUAAGGCGGCCGCCAUCACUUCUGAGGUCUUCACCAAGUUCUUCAAAGAACGGGUGAUGGAGAUCGUUGACGCCGAUGAG